AUGCGGCUGAAUCUGAACGACUGUGCAAAUCUUGAUCUGCCACACGCGGACGACUCCGACGCCAGUGAGAAGGAGAACGCCGAGCUAGAAGAAUGGCGCAGCAGCCGUCAGGAUGCAACCUCUGUGACGCGGUUUGGUUCAAUCGGUGAUGGCCUCUUCGACUCUCUAAAAUCGAAGACCACUUUUCCCGUCCUGAGCAUGAACGUGUCUACCUCACAUCUUCCCCCUCCACCGCCACCGCCUUCCACCGCCUGUGUCAUUCCAGUUACUGACGCUAGGACCGCCUCCUCCGCAAAACCACCAACUGGACCCGGCAGGCCUGAUUCUGUAUGUAUUUCCAAAUUCGGACCGACUGUGAGGUCUCGUGCGCCCUCCUUGGGCCUCAGGACUUCUUCUUUGGACAGUAAUUCAAAGGUACAGACGCCCCAAGGAAAGAAGUUACCGUCUUGGGAAACAAUGGACGCGAAAUUUCCGGGAGAUGAUAAAAGUCGUCUCUACACAAAGCGACAAAUCGCCUUUUUCACGGCUGAGUGA